AUGGCCCAUAAAUCUGCAGCCGCACUCGCUGCACAGCUGCGCCGUCUUGACCAUUACGAGCUCCUGGACACCAUCGGCGAGGGCCGCCACGGCAAGGUGAAGUUGGGCCGACACAUUCUGACCGGGACCCAGGUAGCUAUCAAAAUCAUCCAGAGGCAGGGCGUCCACACAGAUCCGAGAGGUGGUCUGCGGGAAGUCCGCUGCAUGCUGGGCUUGCGUCACCCAAACAUCGUGCAAUUAUUCGAGGUGAUCGACACCGACAAAUCAGCAUUCCUUAUAAUGGAACAUGCGAGUAGAGGGAACUUGGGGCGUUACCUGGAGAUCCAUGGUCGCAUGGAAGAAAGUGCGGCCCGACGCACCUUCCGGCAACUAGUGUCCGCGGUACACUAUUGCCACGGAAAGGGGAUAAUCCACAGGGACGUGAAGCCACAGAACGUGCUCUUAGACCGUAACUUGGACGCCAGACUUGCAGACUUUUCAUUGAGUACACCAUUCAAUGGCAGCAAGCUGAGCACGUUUUGUGGCACCCCCCUGUACACAGCCCCGGAACUCUUCCAGGGAGAAGAGUACGACGGUCCUCCAGUGGACAUCUGGAGUCUGGGGGUGGUGCUGUACCACAUGGUCACUGGCACCACCCCUUUUAAGGGAAAGGACUUGAUGCAGCUGGUGAAGCAGAUAAAGAGCGGGAUCUAUGCUGUACCACAGUACUUAACAGUCGAGCUGCAACACCUCCUCGGCAAAUUAAUCACCAGGAACCCCGCGGACAGAAGUUCCCUAACGGACAUCCUGCCAGACCUGUGGCUCAACAGCGGCUACCUGGAGGAGCUCAGGCCUUUCGCUGAGCCGGAUAGCUACGACCUGGACCCCCAUGUGGAACGGCAGAUGCUCCACAUGGGCUUUGAGCGGGAGGACAUUCAGAACGCGUUAGCACAGAACACGUACGAUAAUAACAUCAUGGCGACGUAUCUGAUGCUAACUGCGGAGAAGUCCAGGGACCCGAACCGCCCCACCGUGUUAAGGCCCUUCAAAUUGAUUAAGCCUAAGGGCUUUGAUCGCUCCGCAGAUACGGAGGCUGAGACACAGGCGCGGCCAAAGGACGUGGAGCCAGGGCAGGGGACCGAGGAUGCCGCAGGACCUUCAGGCAGCCCGAGGUCCAGGAAGGCCACACCCGGACCCAGCCCCAAGUCCAUGAAGGCCGGUCUCCAACCCAGCGCCAAGGGGAAGAAGAAGGUCACGCCGCGACACAGGCCGCAGCUGAAGACCGCCUUUCCCAGACCCAGUCCGAAGUUGAGAAGAGCCACUGCCCGAGCCAGCCCAAAGUACAAAUGUGCCACUCCCAGAACCAGCCUGAAGUCCAGGACCGCUGCCCUCCCACCGGACUCAGACUCGGACUCGGACUUGGACUCGAGGCCCACCACUCCUCCACCGACGGCGGAGUCAGGGGUGAGUCCCACCCCUCCCCCACCAACGGCGGAGGACUCGAGGCCCACCCGUGCCCCACCAACGGCGGGGUCAGGACCGAGGCCCACCCGUCCCCCACCAACGGUGGAGUCAGGGCCGAGGCCCACCUCUCCCCCACCAACGGCGGAGGACUCGGAGGACUCGAGGCCCACCCGUGCCCCACCAACCGCGGAGUCAGGACCGAAGCCCACCCGCCCCCCACCAACGGUGGAGUCAGGGGUGAGUCCCACCCCUCCCCCACCAACGGCGGAGGACUCGAGGCCCACCCGUGCCCCACCAACGGCGGAGGACUCGAGGCCCACCCGUGCCCCACCAACGGCGGAGUCAGGACCGAGGCCCACCCGUCCCCCACCAACGGUGGAAUCAGGGGUGAGUCCCACCCCUCCCCCACCAGCGGCGGAGGAUUCGAGGCCCACCCGUGCCCCACCAACGGCGGAGUCAGGACCGAGGCCCACCCGUCCCCCACCAACGGCGGAGUCAGGGGUAAGUCCCACCCCUCCCCCACCAAUGCAGGACUCGGACUCGAGGCCCACCCGUCCCCCACCAACGGCGGAGGACUCGAGGCCCACCAGUGCCCCACCAACGGCGGAGUCAGGACCGAGGCCCACCCGUCCCCCACCAACGGCGGAGUCAGGGGACUCGGACUCGAGGCCCACCCCUCCCCCACCAACGGCGGAGGACUCGAGGCCCACCAGUGCCCCACCAGCGGUGGAGUCAGGACCGUGGCCCACCCGUGCCCCACCAACGGCAGAGUCAGGACCGAGGCCCACCCGUCCCCCACCAACGGUGGAAUCAGGGGUGAGUCCCACCCCUCCCCCACCAGUGCCGGACUCGGACUCGAGGCCCACCCCUCCCCCACCAAUGGCAGAGUCAGGGGUAAGUCCCACCCCUCCCCCACCAAUGCAGGACUCGGACUCAAGGCUCACCCCUCCCCCACCAACUGCGGAGGAGAUGAGGACCACCACUCCUACACUCAAACGGGAUCCGAAGUAUGCCACCCCUAGACCAGCCCCCCAGUAUGGCCCUGGGGACUCUUCCUCCACCCAUAAUACCAGCAGCACCAGGAGCAGUAGCAGCAGCUGUGGAAGCGCAGAAGGAAAAAGCCGGGGCCGGCGGGGACUGGCUAGAAGAGCCAGCAGAAUGUCUCCCCCUGAGGUCACAGUCGUCCAUGAGGCUACAGUCCCCAGGGAAUCCCUGGAUUCCUGGGUGACUGUCUCUAUCCAGACCCCUGAUAAAG